AUGGAGCAGCAGCGGGUGAAUCAAUACUUGAGCACCAACAUGAAGAACAAUAUUGUGCAGCAUCUACUCAAGAACAGCGAAGGUGGUGUUCUUCGAAAAGGAGCAGUGUAUGAGGCAGCCGAAGCUUUUGGUGUCAAUAGGAAGACCAUUUCCAGACUUUGGAAGGCAGCCACAGCGAUGAUGGAGAAUGGAGAACCUGCACACAUGGUUGGAAAAGUUAAAGGCUACAAACGUGGAGAAAAGACAACAGUUGACGAAGAAAGGGUUAGAACACUAUCUGUUCUUGAAAGAUCCACCUAUAGGGUGAUGGCACCAAAGCUUGGAGUUAGCAAAAUGACAAUUUGUAGGUGGGUAAAGGAGGGACAACUUAAGCCCCAUACUAGUGCAGUUAAGCCACAUUUAACUGAGGUAAAUAAGUUGGCAAGACUGAAAUGGUGCCUCAGUCAGCUUCAGCCAAACAUUAGUAGUGCAGGUAAGGUUGCAUAUAAUGAAAUGCGCAAUGUAGUUCACAUAGAUGAAAAGUGGUUCUACUUGACAAAAAGUGCAGAUAGGUACUACCUCUUGCCCGAUGAGGAAGAGCCACAUAGAUCAUGCAAAUCAAAGAGAUUCAUAACCAAAGUCAUGUGGUGUGCUGUUAGCAGGCCACAUUUUGGCCCAAAUGGGGAAACACUUUUUGAUGGCAAGUUAGGCAUUUUUCCUUUCACAGAAAUUCUACCAGCAAAGAGGAGUUCCAAGAACAGACCAAGAGGUACAUUAGAGACAAAGCCCAUUCCAGCAGUGACACAAGAAAUGACAAGGGAGUGGCUCAUCACCAAGAUUAUACCAGCCAUUCAUUCCAAAUGGCCCACAAGUGCAUGUAAAGAGAUUUACAUUCAACAAGAUAAUGCAAAACCACACAUAAGCACGACUGAUCCACAGUUUGAAGAAGCUGCCAACUCAAAUGGAUUCAAAAUCCAAUUGAUUUGUCAGCCACCUAAUUCCCCAGACACAAACAUAUUGGAUCUUAGUUUUUUUAGGGCUAUUCAAUCAUUGAAGGAUAAGAAACCAUGCAACAAUGUGGAUGAAUUGUUGCAGAAUGUGAGGGAGGCUUAUGAAGAGUUGACACCGCAGACACUUAACAAAGUAUUCCUCACAUUACAAAGUGUGCUCACAGAGAUCCUGGAGGUGAAAGGUGGGAACAAUUACAAAAUACCCCACAUGAACAAGGAUAGGCUGGAAAGAAUCGGGGCUUUACCCAAUGUGCUGGAGGUGGAAGAAAGGGUGGUGAGGGAUGUGUUGGAGUACCUAGCACUGCCUCAGAAUAAUGAUGGUUCUUCCUAUGACAUUGGGGCUCUGGCCACUGCAUUUGGCUACUAG